GAAUAAUCUAGUACAGGUUUGAAGUGUAUGUUGUAGUUUUUUUUAGCUAUGGUAGAUUAGAGAUGGUCAGUGUGAAGAAGAAUUAGGUGUAAUUGCCCUUUAGUCAUUUCCCAAAUUAGAAGCUAACUUCAGCCUUGUCUCCGUAAUGGGAUCUAAAGAGUGCAGCCCAGACUAGGAGAAAACGAGUCAAGGACGCUGCUCCACUGUUUGGAACGCAGCCUGCUCCGUUCCUUCCAGUCUGUUCACCUCCAUUCACAGUAAAUACAAGCAUGGAGGCUUUGACUCUCGGUCUCUAGCAGCGGGGGCUCGACACACAGCCGUAACCCGCUCACAGGAACCACAACAACCUACAAUCGUUCCCAUCUGUGGUUUAACUGGGAACCGGAACCGGGACCGGAGCAGGACGACCCGCCGUGCUCAGCAUGAAGCGGAUGUCCAUGGUGGCCAGGCACAAUGGCCUUGUCUCUCCUCUGGGAAACAACAAUUCGGGGGCUUCGAGCAUCGUCUCCCCAUCCCUACCGAGAGCCACAAGCGGGUUCGCUUCAUCAAACACCCCGGCAGGAGGCGGGGUGGACGGCCUGCUGGAUUUCUCCAAAGGCCCCGCCGUCAAAACAGAACUGGUUUGCAAAUGGAUCGACCGAAGUUGUUCGAAGCAGAGGCUCGGGCGGACAGCCACGUUCGUCUGCGACCAAACUUUCAGCUCCAUGCCUGAGCUCGUGGACCACGUCACCAGCGAGCACGUAGCCGCGGGGCUGGAGAGCCUCAGUCAUGUCUGCAUGUGGGACGAGUGUCUGCGCGGCGGGAAGGCGUUCAAAGCCAAAUAUAAACUCAUCAACCACAUCCGCGUGCACACCGGAGAGAAACCGUUCUCCUGCGCAUUUCCCAACUGCGGCAAGAUGUUCGCACGCUCUGAAAACCUCAAGAUCCACACGCGCACGCACACUGGGGAGAAGCCAUUCCAAUGUGACUUCUGUGAGCGGCGCUUUGCUAACAGCAGCGAUCGGAAGAAGCACUCCCAGGUCCACACAGCCUCUAAGCCUUACGACUGCAAGGCUCUGGGCUGCACCAAAUCCUACACCCACCCUAGCUCUCUGCGCAAACACAUGAAGAUUCAUGUCAAGUCCUCUCCUUCCUCAGUUGUCCACGACCUCUACCACUUUGACCAUCAUCAGCUCCAACCUCCUGUUUUUGAACCCCUGGACCUUAAAACAAACCACUUCUCUUCAUCUUUUACCAACAACAAUGCUCAUCUUCCUCUCCUGGCUGCUCAUGACUUGGAUAUGAGCUCAGCCAGUGAAGUCAGUAAUAAGAUGCUGCUGAGGAGUUCGUCUCCAGUGGCCAUGCCUUUGGAUCUCUCUCUGUCAGGUCUGAAGAGUCAGCCGAGUGGCAGAACGUCUCGGAGGAGCCAGCGCUCCGUGAACCCAGCCUUAACUUCUCUGUCUAAUAUUAAAGAGUGGUACGUGUGUACCAGGACUACAGCACCACACUUCCCACUCCUCCAUCCAGACCACAUCAAGUCAGAACACAAUGAUGAGGACGAGUACGUCACGUAAAUAAGAAAGACUGGUGAUUCUAGACUUCUUUCAUAUUCAGAGGCAGAUCAGGCAUGCUUUAACAACAGUGAGUACUGCUAAAGGCUGUCUGUAGAUAUUUAGGUGACGGACUUGGUACAGGCUAACUAAAGGAUGUCAGCUGCUGCUGGUAAAGAUGGCGCCUCCUGAAUUUCCAAGGGCUAAAUGGAUGAAAAUCUGAAGGGCAGCAAGGGCAGGAGACUCUGCCCCUGCCAGGUCUCCACGUGCUUUACACAUUUUUCUCAAUGAUUUUUAAGAGUUUAAUGAAACUGUGAUUCUGAUGAACUUGAGGUGUUCGGUGGGCUGGUGUGUGUGUUCUGUCCUCUCACCACACAAACACACACCUGAUAAUCUGUGUUAAGUGCUCAUGCUGCCUUCCAGGUAACAUUCAGCCUCUCCACAGAACCGGUGUACCGAUGAAGCCGCUGCAAAAGAAUCCCAGGUUUAGAUCUGACCUCAAAACUCUUCAGCUUAUUUAUUCUGUCCUCGAUGAGCGUUGGAGCUGGGAUCUCCUCACAAUAUGGCCUCUGUCUGCCUCACCCAUCAGACCCCACAGAGCACCCCCGUCCAACCCCGUAGAAGACGUGCAAAUAUCUGUUUAGAUGAAACGUUUCAAAAUGAAAACAAAAAUUUGAGUUUUAUUUUGAUUCCAAGUUAAAAACACAUUUAAACGUUUUCUCUUCCAUGCUCGGAAACACAAAUCUGAUUCAUAGUAACUGAAGUCAUGAAGCCGACAGAGAUUAUUGGUGUGUGCAGAGCUCUGACUGACUGGAUAGAUCCAGUUAGCAGAAACAGCUCAGAUAUUUCCGACCGUUCUUUCAUGUUCCCUAUAACAUUGCUCUCCAGAAGUUUAACUGGGCUCCUCUUGGUUCCAAGACCCUUCUUAUUAAAGUGAUAUACCCAAACAAACAACUGGUGACAUCAUCUUUUUUAAGCAUGUAAGUUUAUUAAACACAUGGAUCAUAUUGACUCACAGUUCCACGCGGCGAUGCAGAUGUAAACAUGGCUGACACCUGGGUUUGGGGAAAGAAUCACUCUAGUCAAGUUAGUUUCCUCAUCGUUGGAUACUCAAUAGUGAAGCCAUCUACAGGAAGGGGCAGAGUAAACUGUACUUCUUGAGCAGAUCUUUCAAGAUUUGCAGCAAGAUAUUGGGGUAGCAGCAUCAGAGCCAGGGACCCGAAGAAAGGCUCAACAACCUGAUAAAAAUGGCUGAUUCUGUGGAACCACUGGAGACAAGGGUGCAAAGAAGGAUUGUUCGUAAAAGUCAAAACCAUGAUGGACAACCCUGGGCGUCCUCUUCAUGGCACGGUAAUGCAACAACAGAGCAUCUUCAGUCUAGAGUCUUCUUCAGACCUGCUUUCUGCAAUUUGCUACAGGAGAUCCUACCUGCCCACAGCCAUCAGCCUGUCUUAUGAGAUCAUUACUAUUUGUGUUAUUUUAUUGUUUUUAUCACUGCUCUGAAGAAUGAGGUACAACAACACUCAAUGUCCGUCUUGGAUGAAUAAAGAAUUAUUUAAUUGAA